GAAAAUUAAAAUGGCGGAAUUAGACGUUGGCAAACAUUGUCAGGUUGAGUGUUGCAGGCAGAAAGACUUCCUGCCAUUUGUAUGUGACAGCUGCUCCGGAGUGUUUUGUCUUGAACACAGAAGCAGGGAUUCACACUUUUGCCCAGAGGUCUUGGUGAAGCAGAAUGUCUUGGAGCCAGGAGUCAGUACAUCGUAUCCAUGCACAUUUCAUGAUUGCAAAGGCAGGGAACUUCUACCUGUAAUGUGCCAACAUUGUCAAAAACAUUUUUGUCUUGCUCAUCGUCAUCAGGAAGACCAUAAGUGUGAGAAGUUGGAGACACCUAAACCACGGAUGGUGGCAACACAGGAACUUGUGCAAAAAAUAGUAGAAUCAAAGAAGAAUGCAGGCCCCAGUAAAAGCAGAAAAGGGCUGAAGAACAGUGCUACAGCUGCUAAAGUUGCCCUUAUGAAACUAAAGCUACAUGCCACUGGAGAUAAAGGACUGCCACAGACAGAGAGGACAUAUUUCCAGGUGUUUCUACCAAAAGAUCUCAACACAUCAAGCUUGCCAAUGUUCUUUAGCUCCAAGUGGACUGUGGGUAAAGUGGUCGAUUUUGCAGCGGCUCAGGCCAACCUAAAGAACAACAACAACGUGCUCACAGCCAAGAAACUGCGAUUAUGCCAUCCUGACACUGGGGAAGCCAUUAAAAUGGAUGCAUGUCUCCAGGUGCUGCUCUCCCUAUCAGAUUCUCCUCUUCAUAAUGGAGGCAAUGUUAUCUUGGAAUAUCUGGAUAAUGAAAGCUCUGGAGUUGAAGAUGUCACAGCCUACAUUUCUCCCUCUUGAUCUAAAAAUGAACACCGAAUUAAUGGUGUAAUGAA